CGAUACUCGCGUGUCUACCCAAAGCGUAACAGCUGCUCGCAGUCAAAAGAAAUAACAAUUGUUAAAUAAUGCAAUAAUGAGUGCACGUUUAAUAUUUCGUAGCUUUUAUACAACACAAUGGGGUCUGCUAGCGCGCGUACCGAGACGUUCCAAUCCAGGCCUCGGCUAUCAACUGGAGCAUCUACAGCAGCAAAGACUCGACGUAAGCGAAGAUUAUGCUGACAAUGAAGCAGAUUUUAUGUCCACUCAUCAAACAGACCAACAAUACGAAGCAGAGCGCCAAAACCAAAAAGAUCGUGUACGCCAGUUCAUGAUAAAACAUAAAUACUUUAGGGAUGCGAAAUUACCCAAUUUGUUGCUCUAUGCUGAAAAGGAGCAAAUGCGUCUGCUGCACGAACGCGAUGCUGAAGAGUGGAGCUUAGAGCGACUUGCGGAGAGUUUUCCAGCUACACCCGAUAUUGUACAGAAGGUGCUGCGUGCCAAGUGGCGACCACGCAGCACUAAACGCAUACUUGCCCAUGAUGCCAAUGUCAUGCAUAAUUGGGCGCAACUACGAGCUGGGGACUGUGCCGAAGUGCCGCCAGAGUUGUGGCAGCAUCUACAAAAGUUUGCGCAACGAGAACGACAAGAUCUGGAACAGCUAAUGCCAGAAAAAUGGGCAAUAAGGCCAGAGUUGCCAGUGCCGCGAGCAAACGAGUUUCGAGCUUUGCUGGGAAAUCCAGCUAAUAAACAGAUUGCUUUGGAGCCAAAACAACAGGACAGCCUAUCCCUUGCACCUGCUGAAAAUGAAACAUUUUUACUGUCAAAAGUAAAGGACAAGCGAAAGAUGCGUCUGCAGGAGUUAAAGGACUCACAUCUGGUCCAAGAGCAUCUUGAGCAGCCGCUGCCCAAUCCCAAUGGCACUGGCCCGUUGCCUAGUUAUGUCCAAAAAUUUGAGCGCAGCGAAAUUGUGGUCAGCGCUGAAGAUCAGCGCAAGUAUGAAAUGAGUCGAGUAAAGGAACGCAUCGUAAUACCACGGAAGCUGUAUAAAGCUGGCGCAACAUAUCGCGUAGAGGAUGCAUACUAUGAUGAUGAUGGCGAGUUUUUGUAUCGUGUGCCUGGCAUGACGGGUAACGAGCGAUGAGUGCUUUAACGUCUAUCUUUAUAGUGUAUUUCAAAUAUAUAAACAUACAAAGUUUGUU